UUCUUCACAGUGUAGUCAUGUGACCAACUUUUAAAUGACAGGAAGUUGAGCUUCUUUGUAUUUCACAGUGUGUACACCUAUGAUCAUUAUUAGCAGCAGUUCGAGACGAACAUUUUAAGCCCUGUAGCAUAGCCCCUUAUGUACAGUCCAGUUCUAGGUGUUGGAUUGGAUUGAACAGAGUAUUCAGUUUGAUCAAAUGGGAGUUCCCGAUAUCGUUAGAUAGUCCUUGUUAUUUCUCUUAGUAGUUUGUGUAUCGCUUUGACCACUUGUUCCAAUUAUCCUACAACGAUGGGUUUCUCUAGAUUUUCUGUGAAAGCCACUUGUUAUUCUGAUAAUUUCCCAUUUCCUAAUAUAUAUUCUAAGACUUGGGAAUAAUGGUCAUUUAAAAGCAUCGUGUGUUUGUGUAUCUGUUAUCCCACCGCUCCGCUCUGGCGGGGGGGCAGUCCGACGCUGCAGUUCUUUUUUACAGAGCGCGUAACUAAAUAUAUCCUCCACUUGUCAUACGUCACAACAUGUAACGUUACACGGUUUUCUUCUCUUUCUUCCGCAGAGUUUAAACAAGGUGUCGGGUUAAGGCUGGCACGACUAUAAAGGAGAGGGGCAGACAGGCUGGACACAACCAAAUAGAUAGACCGUCUGAAAGUGUUGAAACAACGAGUGUCAGAAUGACGGUUUGUUGUGAGUCGUGUGAACGUCCAUGGAGCAGUGAGCGCUGCUCCUCUCAUCUCUUCACCCGGGAGACAGAAAGCCACCGGGGACUCUGCAAGAGAUUCAGGUCUACUAAGGGAGCGUCUAAAGCCAGGAGGGACCAGAUCAACUCUGAGAUCAGGAACAUGAGAACUCUGCUCCCCAUCCCUCAGGAGGACCAGGACAGACUGUCAUACCUCCACAGCAUGGCAGUUAUCACAGCAUACAUCAGGAAGAGCUUUCUGUAUAAGGGAUUAUCAGCUGAUCAGAGUUGUCUCUCCUCUUCCUCCUCCUGUCCUCUGUACGAGACCUUCCUCCCAGCCUUGCAUGGUUUCAUUCUGAUCCUCUCCUCCCAGGGCAAGCUGGUCUAUGUCUCCGAGAACGUCUCUGAUUACCUGGGGCUCUCCAUGGUUGAUGUUCUUCAGGGAGACACCUUCUAUGACCUGGUGGAGAGUCAGGACGUGGAGACAGUUAGAUCUAACCUGGAGACAGACAACACAACGUCAACUGAGAGGAGUUUUGUGUGUCGAAUGCACACCUCCAAGGCCUUCAGACUAGAGUAUGGUAGCUGCUGUUCUAUAAUGGUCCGGGGACACUACCAGACCGUCCCACAAUCCCCCCAGUCCACCCCCACAUCCUCCCCAGACCGUAGCCGAUCUGGCCCUCCUGUGGAGAGGGUGUUCUUGGCUCUCUGCACACCCACAGUGAACCACCUAGGCAACAGCACCUUCUCCUCCUGCUCCUCCUCCUUCACCAGCCUCCACAGACCAGACAUGAGCUUCAGUCACCUGGACGAAAGUGUUGUGUUUUACUUGGGCUACUCAUCGGAGGAGCUGAUUGGUCGAUCGUGGUACAGCCUCCUCCACCCUGAAGACCUCUCCUUGAGUGCCUACUCACAUAAGAGUCUGAUGCAGGCAGACGAGGGUGGGCAGAUGGAGAUGGUUCUGAGGCUCCAACACAGCGACCUCUCGUGGUCCUGGAUCUACACUAGAGCCGCUAAGCAUUCUGGGAACCAGGAAGUGAGCUGCUGUAACUACAUUAUCAGUGAAACAGAAGCCAUGUAUCUGAGAAAAAAGAUCAACAGCGAUGCUUUCAGAGCCUCUCCUCUUCAGCCCUACUGCCCCUCUCCCACCCCCCAGCUGACCCAGAGCUAUUGCCCCACCAGGGACCUAAAGAGACCCAGAGCGUUCAGUCAGUACAGUAGUAUAUCUGAGACUGAGAACAGGUCUAAGACCAGCAGGAGACAGACAGCAGAAUCUAAUACUAUGUUCUACGUGACAUCAUGUAGCUCCUCCUCCCAGGCCUCACCUGUCGCCGCCUUCUCCACCCCUCCCUACAGCCCCACCUCCUCCCACUACAGCUCCUCCUCCAACUCCUCCCACUCUCCAACACAGCAGGACAACACCAGCUCUGACUCCCUGUUGGAUGUGUAUGGCAACACAGAGAACUUAACCUCCUACUACCAUUGCCCUGAAGGAGGGACUGAGGUAGGGACUGGGCCUUCCUGCCUCCUCUCCCCCUCUAGGUCCUUCCAGCCCGGCUCGGAGCAGUCCUUCCACCAGGGUAUCUUCAGCCAGACUGACGCAUUCUCUCCUCAGUCCUGCCCUUCUUCUCCCCAGUAUGAUUGCUCAGCAUGCCCUGCUGAUGCCCGGCUGGUCCCUGACUGUCUAUCUGUAUCAGACCUGUUAGAGAGUUCAGCAGACUGCCCUAUCACCAUCCAUACUGAAGACUACAGCCUCUCGGUUCAGCCACAAGGUGGUGCCACCAGUCCAUACAGCCUCUCAGUUCAGCUUCUAGGUGGUGCUACCAGUCCAUACCAGAGCCACCAUAUACCUCAGACUGUCUCUCCUCCUAUUGGAGGCCUGCUGACCCCUAACCCCUCCCCGACCUCCGACCUCUCCUUCCUCUACAGUGACAGAGACAAGGUAGAGAUCAGUAUCCUAGCCCAGCAGAUCUCCUCUCUGGCCUCCAGCUUCGACCUGUUCAACACCCUGAGCCCCAUCCAGACCCCACCUCAGCCCAGCUCAGAACCCCUUCCCUGGGCACAGCUCCCAGGUCCCUCCCCUGUCCCCCUCCACAUCAAGCCGGAGCUGGUCCUGGAUGAGGGAGUGUUUGAUCGUCUCCUGAAGGAUCUGAGCAUGGUUCAGGGACCUGGGAGUCUGUCUCACUGCUACCAACCUCAGGACCCUUCCACCCUGGCUCUGUCUUCUCUAGUGGACCCUCUACCCAUGGAGCAGUCAUCCCUCUCUCUCUCUCCCUCCCCCUGCCACACCCCUCAUCCCUCUCUCUCUCCCUCCCCCUGGAACACUCCUCCUCCCUCGCUCUCUCCCUGGAACAGUCCUCAUCCCUCUCUCUCUCCUUCCCCCUGGACCCAUUCCACCCAGCUAACCUGGAUCCCUUCUCUCUGAGGACAAGCUGUCAUAAUCAGACCUCUGAGUUGCAUCAACUCAACCUGCCCCACAGUCUCCAUCAAGAUGGGCUUGUUGAAGAAUCCAUGUACUGAUACGAGUCUAAAUAGACUUACAGUACUAACCCUCGUAUGGCAUAUUGUCAUGACAACCAACCUUCCAGCCAGAGUCCAAAAUGAAGACUUUUUUAAAGAAUACAUACUUUUUAAAGACUUCUACAAUAUUUAGUAGUUGGUACUUUUCAAGGGAACAUGUUUCCCGAAUAUCUCUUAUUUUUGUAAAUGAAAUUGUGAUGAGGAAGUGAACCUUGUGGACCAAACUGCUGAGGAGAUUGUUACUAUUUUGUGGUUGUGUUAACUACAUUGAUACCUGUUGACUGCUGUAAUUCACCAUGUGUUGGUGAUGAUUCUGGUAGCAUGGUACUGUACUCUUUACAUCUAGAAAACUGAUGAUCACAUAUGUAGAAUUGAUGUUUAUGUGAAUGUUGAGGGACCAUGAUGAUUUACUACUGAGCACUUUCUGGAUGUGUUUGAGCUGUUUUGAGUUAAUGUCACACACAGGGACGUGAUCCUCCAGAGGAGGUUGAAGCAGACCCAAGUCACACACUGUUCCCUGUGUAGUGCACUACUUGCCCAGAGCUCUAUGGGGAUAUAGGGUGCCAUUUAAGAAACAUCCAUAGGUGCUAAAAAGAUAAUGAAGUAACUACCUCAAUAAUGCCACUACAUUCAUUCCCAGCCUGAAACUACUGUUUAGUAAGUGCGUGUAUUUAUUGGUAGAGAUGACUGUUUUACGUAUUGUUUCAUUCCCGUGUUUGUCUACUAGCUGUGCUACUGAAAACUCUUUGUAACCAUUGGUAACCAUUAUUCAGCACAUUUGUCUUGAAUACAUAUGUUGUGUUGAUUAAAUGCUGCUUGGUUGGAUGUAAUUGUACAAAAGCAAAGUAUUUUUGCAAUUGGUUUUCUAAUUUUGCAAUGCAAGU